AUGAUUCCUCCGAGCAGCACGACUGAAGUCAGCGUGGAUAGUGUGGAGAAAGAGAAUGAAGUGGAGAGCACAGAGCAGCCCCCCUCUCCAGCAUCAACUACCAGCCAGGAAUCAAAGCUGCAGAAACUGAAACGAUCACUCUCCUUCAAGACCAAGAGCUUGCGAAGUAAAAGUGCAGACAAUUUCUUCCAGAGGACUAAUAGUGAUGUGAAACUGCAAGUCGACUUGAUGCCGGAGGUGAGCACAAGCACUGGGCAGCUCCCGAGCUCAGAAAGCCAGGCAUCCUCCCCCACAAGAGCCCACCAGCUGCCAGAAAACAACAAGGCUCACAUCUUCCAGGAGCACAUCUUCAAAAAACCCACCUUCUGUGAUGUCUGCAACCACAUGAUUGUUGGGACAAACGCUAAGCAUGGACUGCGCUGUAAGGCUUGUAAGAUGAGCAUCCACCACAAAUGUGUAGACAGUAUUGGACAACAGCGUUGCAUGGGCAAGCUGCCAAAAGGAUUUCGACGGUACUACAGCUCACCGCUACUCAUUCAUGAACAGUUUGGCUGCAUCAAAGAAGUGAUGCCUAUUGCCUGUGGAAAUAAGGUCGACCCUGUGUAUGAAACUCUGCGCUUUGGAACUUCCUUAGCUCAGAAAACCAAAAAGGGCAGUUCUGGAAGUGGGUCUGACUCUCCCAACAGAAACUCUACAGCUGACCUGGCAGAAGUUCCUGAGGAAGGCGAUAGCUCUGCAGGCACCCUUGACAUAAGCAGGAAACGCAGCAACAGUGUGUUUACAUACUCCGAAAAUGGCACAGAACACUUUGGAGAAGAACCAAAAAGUAUACAUUCCCCGGGACCAUUUUAUAAAAGCACGUUACAAAUGAACACCUAUGUUGCCUUGUACAAAUUUGUACCACAAGAAAAUGAAGACUUGGAGAUGAGGCCAGGGGAUAUGAUCACUCUUCUGGAAGACUCCAACGAAGACUGGUGGAAGGGGAAAAUUGAGGACAGAACUGGAUUUUUUCCUGCUAACUUUGUUCAAAGGGUGCAACAUGAUGAGAAGAUUUACAGGUGUAUCAGGACAUUCAUUGGCUGCAAGGAACAGGGACAGAUAACUCUGAAAGAGAACCAGAUUUGUGUGACUUCUGAAAAGGAACACGAUGGCUUUAUCAAAGUAUACAGCGGGAAGAAGAAAGGCUUUGUCCCCAUAGACGUCUUAGAAAACAUCUGA